AUGCGCAGACAACUGACGAAGUCGCCGCCGCCGUCGCCGACUAAAGAGCGGAGGGUAAAGUCACCGGAGCCGUACCCGGUCCCGAGCAAUAACCCUGCCAGUCAGUACACACUGCUGGAGAAGCUCGGGACAGGCAGCUUUGGGACGGUUUACAAGGCAAUGCAUAAUGACACCAAGCAAAUUGUAGCCAUCAAGCAGAUCGAUUUGGAAGAUUCCGACGACGACAUCUCCGAGAUACAGCAGGAAAUAGCCAACCUUGCACAAUGCGACUCGGAGUAUGUAACCCGGUACUACGGCUCCUUCGUGGUGGCCUACAAGUUGUGGAUAGUGAUGGAAUACCUGGCUGGCGGCUCGUGUCUUGACCUACUCAAGCCGGGAGUGUUCUCAGAGGCGCAUAUUGCAGUUAUAUGUCGCGAGCUUCUCUUGGGCCUCGAUUAUCUGCACUCCGAGGGUACUAUUCAUCGUGACAUCAAGGCAGCGAAUGUGCUGCUAUCCUCCUCCGGGAAAGUUAAACUGGCCGAUUUUGGCGUCGCGGCGCAGUUGACUAGCACGCUGAGGCAUACAUUUGUCGGUACACCUUUCUGGAUGGCGCCGGAGGUCAUCCGGCAAGCGGGGUACGACGCCAAGGCUGAUAUCUGGAGCUUGGGUAUCACUGCGAUUGAGAUGGCGAAGGGGGAACCUCCGUUAGCGGAAUACCACCCUAUGCGUGUCUUAUUCUUGAUCCCGAAAGCAAAGCCGCCGACAUUAGAGGGGCCGUUCUCUGCAUCAUUCAAAGACUUCGUGUCACAGUGUUUGACGAAGGACCCUCUUGCUCGGCCAACCACCAAGGAGCUGCUGCAACACAAGUUCAUCAGGAAUGCGCGCAAAACGUCGUAUCUUACCGAACUUAUUGAGCGGUACCAAGACUACCGCGCGCGUUCGCCCGGUCGCGGGCCACAGAUGUACCAGGCAUCUGUUCGGAAUAGUGGCGUCUGGGAUGGUACCCUGCGCAGCGACUGGAGCUUCGACACUAUCCGCACCUCGUCCGCAAUGGGUUCGCUGAGGAGCAUGGCGAAGGACAUCAUGCCCCCGGGUAUGAUCCCGGACGAGGACUACGAAGACGAUAGGUCUGUGUAUACUGAGGACGAGUUGCACGUGUCGAUCAGGACGAGUGCGGCGACGAGGGGGAGCGACGUCGCGAUGUCUUCCGCCGCGCUUGGCAUGAAUAUGGCUGCGCAGCAUUCGACGGUUAUCAUUAGACCACGCUCACCACCAGUGGACGUGAAGAAUAUGCCGUCGCUGAUGGCGGAUAGCUCGUCCGAGGAGACAUUGGGGAUUGAGCCGUCGACGCCCCAGGAUGAGCCACAGUCGCCGGAGAGUGUCGAGCCACCCCCGGCCUACACGGGGUCUGUACGUUCAACGCGGCGAUCGUCCUUCCAGGCCCGCCAUAAUCUGGGUACUGGAACUGUACUUGGAGAAGCGGACUUAGGGAGCGGUGUGGACACCAUCAGGCCUGUAAAGAAGGUGGAUACUGUACGAUCUUUGCGGAUGUCGUCUGAGUUUGUCGGGUCAACACGUAGCAGGGAGGGCAGUUCAUCCGCUCCUCCUUCUCCGCAGAGCCAGAAGGGGUCGCAUAAGAGAGUUCCGAGCGAGGCCGCGAAGGCGGGCAAAACGCUUAUAGACGAGGUGUUGCUUCCGUUGUUUAACAAGGCUACGCGAGACGAUAUGGAUGCGCGGGAGAUUGAAUCUCUGAGCAUGAUCUCGAGAGGAUUUGAGGAGCUGCGAGACGUCAACCCUCAACUUGCGUACAACAUCGUCCUCGACCUCUUAUCUGGCAUCAACGAAAACACUGCAGUACGGCAGCACAUCCAGACCGCGCGCGGCCUCUUCCCGCACAAGCGCGUCGUUCGCCGGAGCGAAAUGACGUCGCGAGGCCUCGUCGUCACCGAGGAGGAGGAAAUAUCCGGCAUGCCACCUUCCUCAUCGCCACCAUCGACCGAGGAGCGGGCCGAGGCAGGCUUGCCGACGCGCAAGUCGCCCAUCGGGGAGCUGCUAUAUAUGCGUUGGCUAGAGGGCCUCCGGCUGAAAUGGCCAAGCGUCUUCUGA